AUGCCAGAUCCAAAUCUCGCCAUCUCACUUCUCAAACCCGAAGAAGCAGAGCAAUAUAUGCGUAUACGGCACGAAGUCUUUCGCACUACCGUUAAUAACAUUCUUUACUCUCGGGGCGAGCCAUCUCAGAAGACGCUCGACAGAGUAACAGAAGAUACACGCGAUGGUAUAAUCAACAAGGGCAUUCUCUUCCUCAAGUGCGUCGAUACCUCCACCGGUGAGAUGAUCGCUGGAGCACGUUGGCGCUAUGUCAAGCCAAACGAAGAAGGUGCAAAGGAACGCAGCUGGGAAGAGGUCGAUGCCGGCUUCGUCAUCCCCGAACCAUACGACGAGAGUGAUCCAGAACUGUUCAAGAGUCUGUUCAAUUUGUUCAACUCGAACAAGCGGGAGAUCUUGGGCACCAGACCUUACUACGUGUUGGAUACACUGGUUACACUCCAGGCCCACGAGAGAAGGGGAGCCGGAAGCAUGCUGGUUCGAUGGGGCUGUGAAAAGGCUGACGAGGUUGGUGUCGAAGCCUUUCUCGAAGCGAGUCCCAUGGGAGCGCCGAUGUAUGCGCGUCAUGGUUUUCAGCCCGUCAAAGAGGUUCACCUGGAUUUGAGACAGUGGGGUGGAAAAGAGCAGAUGACUUUCAUCCUUAUGUUGCGACCUGCAAAGCAGCAAUGA